CGCAGGAGGUGCCAGCGGCGGCGUUUCGGAGACUGAGCCCACGGCGCCUGCUGGCUGGGGCGGUCGUUUCUUCCUGCUCAGUGGUCUACGCGGGUCCCCAGCCUGGGAAAAGAUGGCCCCACGGCCCCCGAGGGGCCUGGUCCAAGCUCUGCUCUGGGGCCUGAGCCUCUUCCUCAGCCUCCCAGGCCCCAUCUGGCUCCAGCCCCCUCCGCCACCUCAGUCUUCUCCCCCGCCUCAGCCCCAUCCGUGUCAUACCUGCCGGGCACUUGUGGACAGCUUCAACAAGGGCCUGGAAAGAACUAUCCGGGACAACUUUGGAGGUGGAAACACUGCCUGGGAGGAAGAGAAGUUGUCCAAAUACAAAGACAGUGAGACCCGCCUGGUAGAGGUGCUCGAGGGCGUGUGCAGCAAGUCGGACUUCGAGUGCCACCGCCUGUUGGAGUUGAGUGAGGAGCUGGUGGAGAGCUGGUGGUUUCAUAAGCAGCAGGAGGCCCCGGAUCUCUUCCAGUGGCUCUGCUCAGACUCCCUGAAGCUCUGCUGCCCCUCAGGCACCUUCGGGCCCUCCUGCCUUCCCUGUCCUGGGGGUGCAGAGAGGCCCUGCGGUGGCUACGGGCAGUGUGAAGGGGAAGGGACCCGAGGGGGCAGCGGGCACUGUGACUGCCAAGCCGGCUACGGGGGUGAAGCCUGUGGCCAGUGCGGUCUUGGCUACUUUGAGGCGGAGCGCAAUGCCAGCCAUCUGGUAUGUUCGGCUUGUUUUGGCCCCUGUGCCCGCUGCUCAGGACCUGAGGAAUCAAACUGUUUGCAAUGCAAGAAGGGCUGGGCCCUGCAUCACCUCAAGUGUGUAGACAUUGAUGAGUGUGGCACAGAGCGAGCCAAUUGCGGAGCCGACCAGUUCUGCGUGAACACCGAGGGCUCCUAUGAGUGCCGAGAUUGUGCCAAGGCCUGCCUGGGCUGCAUGGGGGCAGGGCCAGGCCGCUGUAAGAAGUGUAGCCCUGGCUACCAGCAGGUGGGCUCCAAGUGUCUCGAUGUGGACGAGUGUGAGGCAGAGGUGUGUCCUGGAGAGAACGAGCAGUGUGAGAACACCGAGGGCGGUUACCGCUGUGUCUGUGCUGAGGGCUACAAACAGAUGGAGGGCAUCUGCGUGAAGCAGCAGAUCCCAGAGUCGGCGGGCUUCUUCUCGGAGAUGACGGAGGAUGAGCUGGUGGUGCUACAGCAGAUGUUCUUCGGUGUCAUCAUCUGUGCACUGGCCACGCUGGCUGCCAAGGGAGACUUGGUGUUCACUGCCAUUUUCAUUGGGGCUGUGGCGGCCAUGACUGGCUACUGGUUGUCGGAGCGCAGUGACCGUGUGCUGGAGGGCUUCAUCAAGGGCAGAUAAUCCCUGCCACCACCUGCAGGAUCUCCUCCCACCCAGGCUGCUCCAAGGUUGGGCCUCUCUCCUGCUGGACACUCAGGGCAGCUGGGUUUAUUUUUGAGAGGGGCAUAAGCACCCCCUACCCGCCUUACAGAGCAGCCCAGGUACCCAAGCCUGGGCAGCUGAGGCCCCUGGGGUGAAAAAGUAGCCCUGAAGGUGGAUACCAUGAGAUCUUCGCCUGGGGGGACUGGGCAGGCUUCACAGUGUGUGAAUUUUAAAAGAAAAGUUUCUCCUUAUGGUGGCUGCUAAUGAGCUUUGGCCCCUAUCCAGGAUGAGGGGGUCCCCACAGGGGUGGGGCCGUCACAGCCCCCUCCUGCCAGCUGCAUGCUGCCAGCUCCUGUUCUGUAUUCACCCCAUCCCCACCCGCCACUUAUUUAUUUAUCUCAGGAAAUAAAGAGAUUGGAAAAUU